AUGAACCCCCAAGCAAAACUAGUAUUCACCAUCAGCUUACUCCUAGGAACAACCAUCACUAUCUCGAGCAACCACUGAGUUAUGGCCUGAACCGGCCUCGAAAUCAACACACUCGCCAUCCUGCCACUAAUCUCGAAAUCUCACCACCCCCGAGCUAUUGAAGCUGCUACCAAAUACUUCCUAGUACAAGCAGCUGCCUCUGCCCUAGUCUUAUUCUCCAGUAUAACCAACGCAUGACACACCGGGCAAUGGGACAUCACCCAGCUCUCUCACCCAGUAUCAUGCUUGAUUCUAACCUCAGCAAUUGCAAUAAAACUAGGACUAGUGCCAUUCCACUUCUGAUUCCCAGAAGUACUACAAGGCUCCCCCUUAACCACCGGCCUUCUACUCUCCACUAUCAUAAAACUCCCACCAAUAGCGCUACUCUUCAUAACCUCGCCAUCACUAAACCCCACACUCCUAACCACCAUAGCCAUCCUAUCGACAGCCCUAGGGGGAUGAAUGGGCCUCAACCAAACACAAACUCGAAAAAUCCUAGCAUUCUCCUCCAUCUCCCACCUUGGUUGAAUAGCGAUCGUAGUUAUCUACAACCCAAAACUUACACUACUCAACUUCUACCUGUACGCACUAAUGACCUCAACAGUCUUCCUCACCCUAAACUCAAUCAAGGCCUUAAAACUAUCUACCCUAAUAACCGCAUGGACCAAAAUACCAGCACUAAGCGCUAUACUACUACUAACCCUGCUCUCACUAGCAGGACUACCGCCACUGACAGGGUUCCUGCCAAAAUGACUCAUCAUCCAGGAGCUAACCAAACAAGACAUGGCCCCAGCAGCCACGAUCAUCUCCCUCCUCUCCCUGCUAGGCUUAUUCUUCUACCUGCGCCUAGCAUACUGCACGACAAUCACACUACCCCCACACACCACCAACCACAUAAAACUAUGGUACACCAACAAACCAACUAGCAUCCUGAUUGCUAUCCUAACCACUAUAUCCAUCAUCCUGCUCCCGAUCUCCCCUAUGAUCCUCACUGUCAUCUA